AUGGUGCUCCCCAACUGCUCAGUCCCCAGCCCAGUGGUAGACACAGCUGUGGGCACUCAUCUGGCCCUGGAGUGUGGGCUGGGCCUGCCGGGCAAAGCCAUCUCCUUGUGGACCUUCUUCUUCUUCCUCUGCAAGGUGUGGAAGCCUUAUGCAGUCUACCUGUUUAGCGUGGUGGAGGCCAGGCUACUGCCUGCCUGCCUGCCAUUCUAUGCUGCCUUCUACCCGAAGCACAAGGCCUGGGGCCUGGGCCUUUCAUCCUACCAGGCCCUGCUUUUCCUGCUGGCCCUCAGCCAUGGGGUGGGGGUGGCCUUCCUGGCUGCAGUGGCCUUAGAUCAUGUGGUUCAGCCUUGGCUCAAAGUCAACCUUCUGUUCCCGCGGGCAGGUGGCAUCUCAGUCCUCCUCUGGCUUCUCUUGGACACCCUCACCUUGCUCAUCUCCAAGACAGCCUGGAACUCCACUGAGUGUCCCAGCUUCUACCUCACGGCCGAGGCCUCUGUUCCCCUGCAGGAGAUGUUCUUCUUCCUUCAGCUGCUUCUUCCCUUCGGCCUUGUUGUGUUCUGCAACUCAGAUGUCCUCAGGACACUUCAGAGUCGACUGCGAGAGCCUGACAGGCAGCCCCAGCUGCAGGGGGCCAGGGUGCUAGUCACUGUGGUGCUGCUGCUGUUCGAACUGUGCUUCCUGCCCAGCAUACUGGCCGGUGUCCUGAUGCACAUCCUCAGAGGCUCAGGCAGCUGCGGUGUCCUGCAUGCAGUGGUGCACAUGGCCCGCAUUGCAGGCAGCCUCACCUACCUGCACAGCGUGCUGAGCCCAGUGCUCUACUGCUUCUCCAGCCGUGCCUUCACCCACUCCUACCACAAGGUACUCGACAGCCGGUAG